AUGCUCCUCCCUCAGGAGCCCCAUAGAAUAUUACCCUCGACAGAGGAACCGGCGAUCAGAGAGAAAAAAAAGCAUUAAUCUCUCGCGAAGAACGUCCGUGUGAAUGCAGCAAGGAGAAAUCGAUGAUCCUUCCCACGAACCCGCGAUCGAAUAUCAUCCAAAGAAAGAAAGAAAAGGCAGCCGCUACUAGUUCGUACCUGCACGAGUUUUUUACACAUGCCGAACCUCUGUCUGGUCUCGAGCCUUCCACCGCCGGAACUUCUUGGGAGCUGCUGAUCGGAGGAGCUCAGGCCGUCCGACUGGACUCCCUUGGUGCAGAUCUCGAGCCUUAUUCCGGCGUGGCCGUCGGGAAUGGCCGCCUUCCAUGGAACCCAUCUCUGGCUCAGCUUGCCGUCGAUCCCGCCCUCAGAAAGAACUGAGAAGCUCAGGAGCCCUUCGUCCCGUUGAUUGAGGAGGUCGCUGGCCGUAUGCAAGAUCACCUGGAAAACCCGCUUCUCAUCGCCGUAGACCAGAUUCGGGAUGUCGUUGUCGAUCUGGAUGCCGAAGCCAAAUCCCCGGUUGUCGCAGAGAAAUCUGAUGACGGCGGCGGCUUCUUUGAUCGUCGUGUGCAGGUGAAAGGGCCUCGUCUCGAGGACCAGGCUCCUGGCUCCACUGUCGGGGCUCUCCAUGAUGUCGCCGAUCAGAGCGGAGAUGACGGAGCUCAUCUUCAUCAUCGUGCUGAUGACCAGCCUCUGCUCGGAGCUCAGGGGUUCCUGCUGGAACAUGGACAGCAAGCCCAAGAUCGAAUGGACGGGCCUCCUCAUCCCGUGGCUGGUGACGUUGUGGAAGGAGUUCCUCGCCCUGUUUGCCAUCAUGGCGUCCAUUCUGGCCUGCUGGAGGGCCUGGUUCUGCUCUUCCAGCUUCUCCCGCAUUCUCUGA